AUGGUGAAGCUAGUUAGUUCAAGGUCGCGGCGACUAUCAAGGCAGAAAUGCCUUGCACAAUUCACCGUGAAAUAUGAUAGAAAAAAGGAGGGAUAUUAUGCGUCGUCGUUUAGGACGGAACAUAAUCAUCCACUGACUCGACUUGUGCAUAGACAGUUUAUGAGAACAAAUCGCUUGGUUAAGGAGCACGACAUUGCUCAGGUAAAUGCACUUAGGAAGGUUUCUGUGGGCACAGCUCGUCCUUACGAGUUCCUUGUUCAUCAGGCAGGAGGCCAUGAGUUUGUUGGAUUUACCAUAAGAGAUUUGUACAACAGAGUUCAGGAGGAGAAUAACAAGCUGUUGCUGGAUGGUGAUGCACAAUGUUCGAUUAUGUGGAUGAAUAUGAAAGCAAUUCGAGACCCUAUGUUCUACUGUUUGUUUAGUGCAGAUGUGAAGGGUAGGCUGGCGAACAUGUUUUGGCGUGACGGGCAGUCCUACACGGAUUAUUGUUCAUACGGGGAUGUUUUGAUAUUUGACAGUACUUACAAAACCAACAUGUAUGGGAAGCCUCUGGUAGUUUUGUGGGAACGAACAACCACAGAGAAGAAACCUGUUUCUGUUAUAACUGACAGCGAUGAAGCAAUGAGAAAAGCAUUGGGAAAUGUAAUGCCCGAGGCAAGACACCGGUUAUGUGCAUGGCAUGUUGGGAAAAAUGUAGUGUCGCACUUGAAGGACGCAGGCACACGUGGUCAUUUCUUUCAUCUAAUAUUUGCUGGUUUGAGCAUAGAGGAUUGGGAAACUUCUUGGGAGUACUUUGUUACAAUGAAUAAGUUAAGAGGAUAA